AUGUUCCUCGACCCAGAGCCCAAGCGACCAAAAACCAGCAAUAGCAGUCGCAGCAGCAUUGCGAGCAGUAGCGUUGCAAGCAACAGCACCGGAGACGUCAGCGGCACCAGUCGCAGAGACAUGUCAUCAGGAUUCUUUGCUUCGAGCCGGCCCAUAAUAUCACCUCGAGACUCGCAGACCACGCGAAGGAAAGCCCUGCAUCAGCGAUCAAACUCGAAGAACACCGAGCAGCUUCCCAGCCCCAUCCUCGAACAACCAACCGUCCGCUUGGUCAACCCUUCGCCCUCACCACCGCACACGCGGCACGCCGCCGCCGAUGAGGAGGACGGCGACAGCGAUGAGGGCGCAGAGGCACAUCGGCCGCAGCAGAAUCAGCAGGAUCAGGGAGCUCGCUUACCCCGGUCCGACCGGGGUGAGCAAGCUAGCGUGUCAAAUCCAACUAUUUCGGCCGCAAGCCGGGACUUUGAUGUUUCAGAACCACACUACUUGGCGGCGGCGGAGGAGGAGGGAACCUUGCCCCCCAACGACUCGCAGCACGAGCUGCGCACGCCAAGAUGGCACCGUCGAAGCACCUCCUCGGGCACCUAUUCGCAGUCCUCCACCUUGCAGGACAGCGAGACCGCCUUCUCCAAGAAGAGCACCAAGAGCGAGAGAUACAGUAGCCUCAGCCAGCUAUCGACUCUGCUGGGGACACCGACCCCGUACGAGCAGGAAUUGCGGGAACGCGUAGAGGCCGACAGCCUUGCCCGGGGUGGCCCUGCGCACGCGUUGGAAACGCUGCAGGAAGCCUCUCCAGAGAGACCAGCGAGAUUGUCGACAAUUAGACCGGUCCCCUCCUCUGAUACAUCAUCGUCCUCGCCAACGCAGCGAGGUCCAGGUUCUCGAUCUCGGGACGACUCGCCCACAACCAUACGUCCCCGAACGUCGCCGUCCGAUUUAGAACAGACGCCUAACGUGUCUCGCAGGCGCUCCAGAAGAACAUUCUCUGACAGCUCCGUUCAGUCUCCGCCAAGCAUCGAUAAUCUACGGCAUAUAGCCUUCUCUGCAGCAUCGCAUGACCAGGAACGCUCCAAGUCGCUGGCGAUCUCUGAGAAGACGUUUCCGUACCAUUCAUCGCCGAACUUUAUAGCAUACACUCCUGACUCGGCUGGUCCAAGUUACAGAGACCCUCUCCGCCACGCAACUUCCACUGAAUCCAUUCCUUCUCGCCUGCAAUACGGGCCCGUUGCUCGCCCCGGGACAGGGCGUAGCCUAGCUAAUAGCACUUCCUGGGACUCUCUCGAGCCUGGCAACACUCCUCCGCCCCUCUACAUCCCGAAAAAGCGUCUUCGUCACAAAUCCGGUGCGGAGUCUCUCAAGGCGCAAGCGAGUGCCUCGUAUGGUACCGAGACCAUGGCGGACGACGACAUCGAUACUCUACCUUUCCCGAAGCGACCGUUCAGCAGCCACCUGAGUACCAUUGCGAGCGAGAGCGCCGAAAGCCAAAGCGGGAAUGCGAGCCAACAUCUCAGUCACUUUUCGAUUGGAAGUGGAGUGUUGACCGGCGAUGACUCCAGCAGCCUGCCUCUGUCUCCUGCAGGCCAUCGUCGACACAGUAGCGCGCCCGCCGACUCGUUCACGCCUUCCCUAGGCACCCGCGGAACGAGCAGUAGCGGAUUCCAGGAGGAAGUCGGUGACAUGACGCUUGGCAGCUACCGUGAGCAGUCUGCAGUGCCACAGCCUCUUUUCAAGGCCGAGACAGGACCGGAGGGCACAAGGCGCUACGAUGGCCCGCUGCCUCCGUUACCUCCCAUGCCAAAGAGCAGGGAUAGCGAUGAGAACUUCGACACCCUGUCGGCGCUGCAGACUCCACCGCUGCGGCAGAAGAGAUCGGGAUACUCGAUACGGCAACGGAGUAACAGCACGCCUUCGCACUCACGACAACAAAGCCAGAUCAGCUACGUGGAAAGUGAUAGGUUUAGCCAAGGCAGCAGCCUGUUUCCCACAUGGGCAAGGCAUUUCUACACCGGACUGGCAGUAUUACCCAGCAAGCCCUCCUUCGCCAGUCUCUCGACGGCGAGCAGGCAAGCAACUGGCCAUGGGCGGAAUGGGAGUUCUUGGACCGAGCGUAGUAUUACUAGCCAGCUGGGCACGGGAUACGCUAGUGUUGAACCGAGCAGUCCUGCGAGCAGUCAUUUCCUGCCUGCCAUAUUCCGUACACUGACGAGGAAGAAAUUGGGAUCCCAACGAGACAGCCGUUCAUCUAGAAUAAGGAGGAGCGGUAGAUCGAGGCCUUCGCAAGAUCGACCAUCCCAGGACUCCAUGGCAAUCAACCCCGCAACCCCGGCAGAAGGAACAGAAGACGUCUUGCCUUCUGGACAGCCUAGGUGGGGAACGCUCAAGGACCAUGACGACCCUCCCUCUCCGCAGAAUCAAGGCCGGCGUCUGGUCAGGAAGUAUAGCAAGCAGCGCCAAUGGGACCAGAUGGAAUUUCCACGUCCUAUGACCAAAGACCGCCUGAGUGACUUUGGCGUCCACGCACCUCGCCUUGCCCCUUCCAAGAGAGCCUCACAAAAUCGGCUAUCGGCAUGGCAAGCGCCGAGCUUUGUCUCCAGCCUGGAUACACUCUUCACUUCGCGCUGCAAUCGCCAGAUCCUCUUCUUCGCGCUAGGAUUCGUCUGUCCGCUCAGCUGGAUGCUUGCGGCUGUGCUUCCAUUACCCAAGAAGCCCGUUUCUGCCUCUGAAUUCGAAGCUUCUCUGGAGAACUCCGAGGAAGACGUUGCCAUGGCAAUGAUCAAGCACGAAGCCGGUGAUGCUGAAAGACGCUGGAGGGAAGAAAAGGUAUUUAUGAAGGCUACCUGGUGGAGAAUGCUGAAUCGCAUAAUGAGCGUGGUCGGCUUGCUCGUUAUUGGCGCCGCGGUGAGUUUCGCUUGUUGCUGCUCCCCAAUUCAUCUUCAGAAGACCAACUGACCCGUUCCUGAUCAGAUCGCUCUCGCCGUAAUCGCUACCCGGUGA